CUGAAAGGAGAUAACAUGGCUUUGAGGACAUUUCGAGAUGUCUAUUCGGAGGACAACAAUUUUCUGAUCGGAGAAGACUUCAUCACUGAUCGUCUUCGUCGAGAGGCGAGACAGCUUCAUCUCAGCAAAUUUAAAAGAACCCGCCGUGAGGCACAUUUUGCUAGGUACAGAAACUCUUUUCUGAAGUGAGACUUGGAGCGGACGAAUGACCGAAUUGAGCAAGAGAGGCAAUUGAGGUGUACCGAGAUGGAGAGAGAGCGAGCAGUUUUUGUGAAGCAAGCAGAGAGAAGGAGAAACACAGGCCCACGAAAACUAAGCGGUAACAGUUCAAAGAGAGCCUCUGCUACGAUUGAAAAACAUGCAAGUAUGGAUAAACUUGAUAAAGAGGAUGAAGCUGAGGGUCUUGUAAAUCACAGCCAAAGCAGUCAAGGUUUUAGACCGAAGAUAACGAGUCACAGUGCGUCACGCGCGUCAAGUGUAGCAGGAAAACGCGAUUUGAGAGAAACGAUUGAGCAAACUAAAGCAACAAAGGACAGUCUUGAAGAAAGAUCUGCGAUGAGCGCCGAGUAUGAAAAAGAUAGUUUGAAUCAUGGAAGCAGCAUUGAGGAGACGAACACAGAUCAAAUCAAUAAUCCGCCAAACAAGGCUGAAUCUGAGAAAGAGGAAGAAUCGGAAAAGGAGAAUCCACCUGGGUCAAAAUCAGGAUCGGAACUAAACUUAGCAUUCACGUCAACGCGAAGCCAUACAGCGAAAACACCGAAUGCAAGAGCCUCGCUUUUGAAUCGAAGGAAGUCUAUCAGUGCAAAGCUUCCACCGGAAGUGACCGUGAAUAAAAUAAAAACCAAAUCUGCGCGCGAAAGAUGGGUCUGGGGAGAGUUUGACAAAAUUAUGAAGGGCUUCGCAGAUUUUCUACUGAUCGAACACAAAUCAGUGCGGGUCAACCUGAAACAAGAAGCCGCUGUACAGAACGAUGUACGGAACAAGCCAGCACAAAAAAUAUCUCUUAAUUCCAUGCAGACUCUCAGCCCUCUAUACUUUCGCUACGGAAAACCUCACUCCCAAAUAGUAGUUAAUAAUUCAUUCAAGCAUAAAGCUUCUUUGUCUGUAGAAUCCUCGAAGCUUUCAACGCGUUUAGAGAACAAUUCGACGGGUUACUUUCGAAGGCAAACACUCAGCAGUGGUAAAUACCGUGGAAACAAAAUUAGUUCUGUCACAACACACACUGAUACUGGAGGGACCAAGAUGAAUUUAGACUUAGAAGGCUCCGCAAUUUCUUCGUCGCCGGUGAGAAGAAAGAACAGUUCUCGAGCAAACUCGGAGCCUUUAAGAAUUCAUGAUACUCAAUCAAUGCUGGACUCAUCGCACGAUUCACGGAGGACUAAAUCAUGUCGCUCAGAGCUUGACAUGACAGUGAUGAACGAAAACAACAGGGAGAGGUUGAUCGAGGCGUUUUUGCCUGAUUUAAGAAAGAAUCACACUCGUAUGGGCUACAUACACCGAGUGCGACCGUUUAACUUGAAUCAGGAGAAGUUGAAGACAGUUCAAAUCCGCGCAAAAACUGCGUCUUACAACAGGGAUCUUCGCGAGCAUUCAAACAUGUCCUUGGGUCGCGGAAGAAAGGCGGCCAACAGCACAACUCCUCGCCCUAAAUGGGCCGUCAAACCCAUUCCGAUGAACUCAGCCAAUGACAGACUUUGCCCCGAUGUUCCUCCGCAAACGCUAGCGUUUGUCAAGCGUCAGCAAUGGAAUUAUAGCGAUGGAAGAUCAUUUCUUGACAGACCUUUACCGAAGAGGUCACCUGACAAGUAGAUACGCACUCGUAUUUCCCGGAAGGGUUUUACGGAGGUGUUGAGAUACGAUUAGUGUGGGAUCAGGAGUGGAGAAGUGAUAAGACAAGAAGUAAUUUUCGAAAGACACAGAGAAGGGGUGCCAAGACCUGAUGGUAUCAAUCGCUAAUCACUGCGUAUUGGAGAUUAAGGAAUUCAUUAAAAAUUCACGGAUUUACAUGACAACCUUGUAGUGCCUUUAAAAAUCGAAAACGAGCCGUGAUUUCACUCCAAACUGACACAAAGAGAGCCUUUUAUUGGAACAAACGUGGAUUUAUCAAAGCUUGACACUUCUACAUUAAUGUCUGAAAUAAAUAUGUACAAUUAUUUCGUGAUUACAUUUCUCUUAUUUAUUUUGGCACUUAACAACGUUGCUAAGUAUUAAAAUACACUCAUGAUGA